AUGGACGUGUGGGGCCCGGCCCGCGUCCGUGGACAGGGUCACCAGCGCUACUUCCUGCUGGUGGUUGACGACUACUCGCGUUACACCACAGUCUUCCCCUUGCGCAGCAAGGGUGAUGUCACUGAGGUGUUGAUCGACUGGAUCCGCGCAGCUCGUCUCCAGCUCAGGAGGAGCUUCGGCUCGGACUUUCCUAUUCUGCGUCUGCACUCUGACCGGGGUGGAGAGUUCUCCUCUGGCCUUCUGCGAGCCUACUGUCGUGCACGAGGCAUCCGGCAGACCUUUACGCUUCCGGACUCUCCACAGCAAAAUGGGAUUGCUGAGCGCCGCAUUGGCAUGGUCAUGGACGUUGCUCGUACAUCCAUGAUGCAUGCGGCUGCCCCCCAUUUUCUGCGGCCGUUUGCGGUUCGGUACGCGGCGUAUCAGAUCAACCUUCACCCCAGGGUCUCCCGACCGGAGACCUCCCCAGCUCUGCUGUGGACGGGGAAGGUCGGCGAUGCGGCUGCGUUCCGUGUCUGGGGAUCUCGGGCGUUUGUCCGCGACUUGUCUGCGGACAAGCUGUCCCCUCGUGCUGCUCCCUGUGUCUUCCUAGGCUUCCCCCCUGACGCCCCAAGGUGGCAGUUCUACCACCCCUCCUCUCGUCGUGUUCUGUCCUCCCAGUACGUUACGUUCAACAAGUCAGUCCCCUUCUACUGUCUCUUCCCCUACCGCACUCCUUCCCUCCCCCCGCCGCCGCACUUCCUUGUGCCAGACGCAGUUGAGCCGGUCGAGGUUGCUUGUGACUCUGGUACUGCUACGGGUGCUGAGCUUGGGGGUGCUGACUCUGGGGGUGCUACGCGCGUGGGUGCUGAGCCUGGGUGUGCUGAGUCUUGGGGUGCUGAGCCUGGGGGUGCUGAGCCUGGGGGUGCUGAGUCUGGGUGUGCUGAGCCUGGGGGUGCUGAGUCUGGGGGUGCUACGUCAGGAGCUGCUGAGCCUGGGGGUGCUGCGUCUGGAGCUGGUGAGCCUGGAGGUGCGGAGCCUGGGGGUGCUGCGUCUUGUGCUACUGAGCCUGGAGGCGUGCUCCUGGAGCUGGAGCUUCUUCGGCCGCUGAGGGUGCUGGCACCGCCGGUCCCGGAGCUGCUGGGCCUGCGGGUCCUACUGGGGCUGGAGCUGCUGAGGGUGUUGGUGCUGAGACUGCUGCUGUCUAACCUGGCGGUGGUCCUGCUGCUGGUGCUGCUGGAGGUCCUGCCGCUGGAGGUGCUGUUGGCGCUGGUGCUGCCGCUAGGGGUGCUGCUGCUGUCCCUGCUGUGUCUGGAGCUGUCGCACGGCCUCGGCCGUACUUCGUUCCGCUCCUUCAGCAGGUUCUUGCGUCCUCCUCCUGUCCCUGGCACGCACCGGAUGUCUCUGCGUCCGUCCACUGCUCCUCUGCGUGCCCCUUUGCCUUCCCCUCCUGCGUCCUCUCUUCCUGCGCUUGCCGACCCGGAGUCGGACUCUCUUCGUGCUGCCAGUCCUACUGUCACGCGUCUUCUUGCUACUGUCGUCACUUACCCCUCUUUUGAGUCCACUGCUGCGUCUGCUCUUGUUGCUGAGCUCGUCGACUUUGCUGCUCGCUGUCGUCUCGACUACGCUGCUAGUCUUGUUGCUGAGUCUGCGUCUGUCUGUCCUCCGUCCGUCGGGGGUGAGUGUGCUCUUGGAACGGACGUCCUUGAGGACAGGCAGGAGGAGUUCCAGUGUCUGGCUGCUGCUUCACCUCAUCUCGCGUCUGGACUACUUGGCCGUGAGGGAGACCCGGAUGCACUGGACAUCCCGACUCCGCGCUCUUACGCGGAGGCCGUAGAGGGUCCCUACUCCUCUCAGUGGCAGGCAGCUAUGGAUGCAGAGAUGGCUUCCUGGAAGUCCACAGGCACCUACGUUGACGCGGUUCCCCCUCCUGGGGCGAACAUCAUCAGUGGCAUGUGGAUCUUCAGGGUGAAGCGGCCGCCGGGCUCUCCACCUGUCUUCAAGGCGCGGUACGUGGCGCGUGGCUUCAGUCAGCGGCAGGGAGUUGACUACUUUCAGACCUUCUCUCCCACCCCGAAGAUGACCACUCUUCGGGUGCUACUGCACAUAGCCGCCUAG